UGCAGCCAAUGCCACAAGAAUCCCGAUGAAAACCCAAAAAAACCAAACAAAACCUGCAUUUUAGUUAAAGAGUGACAGAACAAUGGCAAAACAAACUUGACAAAAUCCUCCGUUCUCCACUUUCUCUCUGCUUCUAGCGCCUCUGCACAAAAGCCCUCAGUCGCACUCGUCUUUUCUUCUUCUUUCUCCUUAAAAAUCAGACUCCAUUAACGCCUCACUUGGUGUAGCAGCAAAUGCUUCUCUGAUCAGUGUCUGUUUGUACUGUCAUUUCUUCAACUACCUCCUCCAUUAUGUACGCCACUUCCAUUUGCUAAUAUCAAGCACACUCAUUGUUGGCAUCCAUAGCAGAAAUUCUUAGCUUUAAAAUCUCUCGGUCCCCCUUCUUAAGGUUUUAUCUUGUCUCUUCCUUUUCUUAAUUGCUUCCUCUACUCUUAAGUUUUUUGCUUUCUGGGUUUGUUUGUUCUUUGCUUUUCUGAACAGAAUCUUAGCUACAUUCUUUGGUUCAUUAAUUUCACUUGUUUGUUCGUUUUCUGUUGUUCUGUCUCAUGGUUCUUGACAAGCUUGCUCAACAGUUUGGCGGUUUUCCUGGAAAAGUGCUCUUUUAUAUAUAAUAUAUGUCGAUAGAACUAUUGUUUCUUGUGUUUGCCUUGUCAUUUAGCUAAGAUUUCAGAUUCUUUCCUCAAAUUUGGUUUAUUAAAAGAGAAGUCAGUAACGGUUUGAUGGGUGUUUAGGUACGGCCAUAGCAUAUUUGAAGCCUAAAUUUUCCUGAAGUCUCUUCUUGGGCUUGUUUGUAUUCAAGGAAAACUUCACUUUUUAUGUGUGGCAGAGUUCUCUUCUAAUGGUUCUGCGUCUUUGUCUCUUGCAUUCAUUUGUCUUCUUGGGGUUUUCUUCACCUCAGUGAAAGUUACGUUCUGGUGCUUGGAAUUAGUCCUCAUUCCUCAAUGUGGCGGUCAAACUGGUUUCUCAUACUAUAUCUUUCAUGGUCUUUAUGUAUCGCUAGCACCCACGAGUUACAAACCCAUCCGCCUCAACUUCUUCUACAGCUGAGGAAGCAUUUGGAGUACCCUUCACAAUUGGAUAUAUGGGGAAGUUACAACGGAGACAUCUGCAACCUGUCUUCAACUUUACAUAUGAGCGUCGUUUGCGAGGACAAUUUUAUUAUUGAGCUAAAAAUUAAGGGAGAUAAGGUUGUUACGGUUAGUGAGUUCAAUGGAUUUGCAAUUCCUAAUCAGACUUUAUCUGAGAGUUUCUCAAUCGAUUCUUUUGUUACCACACUGACAAGAUUAACCAGCUUGAGGGUUGUUAGCUUAGUGUCUUUGGGGAUAUGGGGGCCACUUCCUGAUAAGAUUCAUAGGCUAUAUUCGCUUGAAGUUUUGGACUUGAGCUCAAAUUUUAUGUUUGGUUCAGUUCCUCCUCAGUUAUCAAGAAUGGUUAAGCUUAAUUCUAUAACAUUAGAUGGGAAUUAUUUCAAUGGAUCUCUCCCCGAUUGGUUGGAUUCGUUGUCUAAUCUCACUGUUCUGAGCUUGAGGAAUAACCGGUUUAAGAGUCAGUUACCUUCAUCAAUAUGCAGAAUCACAACAUUGACUGAUAUUGCCUUGUCUCACAAUCAGCUUACUGGUAAAUUGCCUGAUUUGAGAACCUUAACCAGCCUGCAAAUGUUGGAUUUAAGAGAGAACAAGCUAGAUUCUGACUUACAUGCGAUGCCUGAAGGGUUAAUUACAAUUCUCCUAAGCAAUAACUCCUUCUCAGGAAACAUUCCUUCUCAAUUUGGUCAUUUGAGUAAGCUUCAACAUCUUGAUUUGUCCUUAAAUCAUCUCAGUGGAACACCUCCAUCUUCCUUAUUCUCAUUGCCAAAUAUCAGGUAUUUGAACUUAGCUUCCAACAUUCUCAGUGGAUCCAUUCCAAACAGUCUUAGUUGUGGUAGCAACCUGGGGUUUGUCGAUAUCUCUUCAAACAAGUUAGUCGGUGGGCUUCCCUCUUGCUUGGACGGUAUGUCAAAUAAGAGAGCGGUAAAAUUUGGUGGGAAUUGUUUAUCCGUUGGUUCCCAAAAUCAGCUUCAAGAGUCCUACUGUGAGACAGCCAAUAUAGAGUCAAAGCGAUCAAGAGGUAGAAUGGUAGGAAUAUUAGUCGCAGUCGUUACAGGAACGGUUCUUGUUUUGGUGCUUUUGGCGUUAGGGGUUCUGUUGUUGUGCAGAAGAAAUCGUUCCGGAAGAAAAUUUGAACAAAAUAUUUUUUCCAAGGUUGUGCAAGAUAAUUCUACUACUGGAGUUUCCUCUGAAGUUCUUGCAAAUGCCAGAUUCAUUGCUCAAGCAGCCAAGCUAGGCACACAAGGUGCCCCUGCAUGCCGUGUUUUUGCCUUGGAAGAGUUGAUGGAAGCCACAAACAACUUUGAUUCAUCAACAUUUAUGGGUGAAGGCUCGAAUGGAAAGAUGUACAGAGGCAGGUUGGAGAAUGGAACCUAUGUUGCUAUACGGUCUCUGACUUCGUUGAAGAAACAUUCCAUUCAAAAUCUUAAACUUCGUCUGGAUUUACUUUCAAAGCUUCAUCAUCCACACUUGGUUGGUCUGGUGGGUUACUGCAUUGACAACAGUGGACAAGAUGAUUCUGUUGGAAUCAAAGUCUUCCUUAUCUAUGAAUAUGUGUCUAAUGGAAAUUAUCAUGCCUAUCUGUCAGAAACUUGCCCAGAGAAAUUCCUUAAGUGGUCAGACAGACUGGUGAUUGUUAUUGGUGUUGCCAAGGCAGUGCAUUUUCUACAUACUGGGGUGAUUCCUGGUACUUUUAACAAUCGACUGAAGACAAAUAACAUAUUGCUUGAUGAGCAUCGAAUUGGAAAACUGAGUGACUAUGGCCUGGCUGUAAUCACAGAUGAAAUUGAAAAAAUUGAGGUAAAGGGAGAGGCCCCAAAAUCACGGACAAACUUAGAGGAUGAUGUUUACAACUUUGGGUUUAUACUACUCGAAUCGCUUGUUGGUCCUAUAGUAACAGGGAAAGGAGAAGCAUUUCUACUGAAUGAAAUGGCAUCCUUUGGCAGCCAGGAUGGUCGAAGACGUAUUGUGGACCCAAUUGUUUUAACCACAUGCUCACAGGAGUCAUUAUCAAUUGUGGUUUCUAUCACAAGCAAAUGCCUAUCUCCGGAGCCUUCAACUCGUCCUUCUUUUGAGGAUGUUCUCUGGAACUUACAGUAUGCAUCUCAAGUCCAGGCUGCAGCUGAUUCCGAUCAAAAAUCAGAUUCCACAUCAUAGUCAUAAUUUUACAAGCAGAUUAUAAAACUCCAGCAAAAAUCUUGAUUAGGAAAUUAAUCCUGCGUGAGAGGGCAUUAUAAGCACCUGAGGUAGGCAUAAGUUUGGGUAGCUUUAUCAGAUUGAAUUUGACAUUAUAUUAAAAUUUGAUAAAUUUUCAUUUGAAAUACAAACCUAGGAAAAAAGAAAUGUCGUCCAUUAUGUAAUUUGUAAAUCAUCCUUCAGAACUUGUACACAAGCUCAGCCAUACUGUUAUGUCAUAUGGAGUAUACAGGUCAUAAGAAACAACCAGUUUUCUUGUGUCUUUAAGUGAAAAGCUUUUGAUUUAACCUAGCAGAAGCCUUCAUUGUUUCAUCAUUGGAGGUGAAUUGUUCUU